CCAUUCUCACCUCCACUACCAACAACAAUGCCCACCUCGCUCCUCUCUUCUCUCCUUCCUCCUUUCUCCUCUUCAUCCUCUCCCAAACCCUAUCCCCAUUCCCUCUCUCCCAGCACCUCCAUUCUCCUCCCCCGUGCUUCUCUCGGCUCCAGCAAUGGCCGCAAGCCUCCUCCCACCUCCUCCAAUGGCUCUUGGGUCAGCCCCGACUGGCUCACCGCCAUCUCCCGCUCCCUUUCCUUAUCCGACGACUCUGGAAUCCCCAUCGCCGACGCCCGCCUCGACGACGUCUCUGACCUCCUCGGCGGCGCACUCUUCCUCCCCCUUUACAAAUGGAUGGUCGAGAAUGGUCCCGUUUACCGCCUCGCCGCCGGCCCCCGUAACUUCGUCAUCGUCAGCGAUCCCGCCAUUGCCAAGCACGUCCUCAGGAACUACCCUAACUACGCCAAAGGCCUCGUCUCUGAGGUCUCCCAGUUCUUGUUCGGCAAUGGAUUCGCCAUCGCUGAGGGCUCGCAUUGGAUGGUGAGACGCAAAGCUGUAUCUCCUUCUCUUCAUAAGAAGUUUUUAUCAGUGAUGGUCGACAAGGUGUUCUGUAGGUGUGCUCAAAGGCUGGUUGAGAAGCUUGAGCCGUUUGCUUUAAGAGGCGAUAUGGUGAACAUGGAGGAGAAGUUUUCUCAAUUGACAUUGGAUGUUAUUGGCCUUUCCUUGUUUAAUUUCAAUUUUGACUCCCUUUCUUCUGAUAGUCCUGUCAUUGAUGCAGUUUACACUGCAUUGAAGGAGACAGAGGCUCGCUCCACUGAUAUUCUCCCCUACUGGAAGAUUGGGUUUUUGUGCAAGAUAGUUCCUAGGCAGAUAAAAGCAGAAAGAGCAGUGACCAUUAUCAGGAAGACUGUUGAAGAACUAAUUGCAAAAUGCAAAGAAAUGGUAGAGGCUGAAGGGGAACGAGUUGACAGAGAGGAUUAUGUCAAUGAAGCAGAUCCAAGCAUUCUGCGCUUCUUGCUAGCCAGUCGUGAGGAGGUUAGCAGUGUACAAUUGCGAGACGACCUUCUAUCAAUGCUAGUUGCUGGACAUGAAACAACAGGUUCUGUAUUGACAUGGACUCUUUAUCUUCUUAGUAAGGACCCAUCUGCCUUGUCUAGAGCACAAGAAGAGGUCGGCAGUGUUCUGCAAGGAACUCCUAGAUACGAUGAUGUCAAAGAGCUGAAGUACUUGACUCGCUGCAUAUAUGAAUCAAUGCUGCCUUACCCACAUCCUCCUGUCUUGAUAAGGCGGGCUCAAACUGCUGAUGUGCUUCCUGAAAUUACAAGGUCAAUGCUCAGUCAAGAUAUAAUGAUAUCAGUGUACAAUAUACAUCAUUCUCCUCAGGUCUGGGACAGAGCAGCAGAAUUUGUGCCUGAAAGGUUUGACCUGGAGGGACCUAUACCAAAUGAGACAAAUACUGAUUUUAGGUUUAUUUUCAUUCCAUUCAGUGGCGGACCACUGGAAAUGUAUCGUGACCAGUUUGCUAUGCUGGAGGCUAUCAUUGCAUUAGCAAUGCAACAUAUGAACUUCGAUCUGGUUGCUGAUCAAAAGAUCGGCAUGACAACUGGUGCAACCAUCCACACUACGAAUGUACCUAGAAGCAAAUACAUGAAACCUUUUGUUGACUAUGCUACGAAUGUGAAAGUUCCUUAUUUUACUGACUUUAUGCUUCCUAGUGCAUAUCCAAAUGUUAUUGAGGAACUAUUGUCCCAUUCAAUUUGUGUGAUUGGAAAAGAUGAAUACCAGACUAUUCCACUUCCCAUGAAUAAGAAAAUUUGUAUAUCGUGA